UUUUGAGAUAAUUUUCUGAAAUUAUGAAGAUUUUUCAUUGCUAGAUACUAUCCGUGGCGGUCUUGUUUCUUCCUUUUUUCUAAACCUUUUUACUUUGGCGGCUAAUCUUUUAUCUUUCCUCUUUGGCUGGUUUUCCUUUCUCUCGUCGUCCCUCGACUCUCCUCCGCCGUCCAAAAGGAAAAACUUCGAUCGAGGAACUUCGAGAUGACGACUGCGACUGGAUUAGAUAUGUCUCUCGACGACAUGAUCGCCAAGAACCGCAAGUCCCGUGGAGCUGGAUCCGGAUCCGGACCGGGUCCAACCCGCCGCAACAACCCUAAUCGGAAAUCGGAAAUUCUCUGAUGUUCGUAGUCAAAUGGAUUUGUUUUGCUUGAAGCUCAGAAAAACUAUUGUCAACAGCAUCCAAUUGGCCAAUCUAGUCCGGUUGCAGAAUCAGAUCUUUGUUCUAUGGCCUGUAUUUGUUGCUGCUCAGACCUAUUUCAUCCAGCAACCUCAUCGAAAUGCAACAGAUGUAUCGUCAAUAUCCUAGAAUAUGAAGAUGCCGCGUUUCAGGAGUGUGAUCAGAUGUUUACUAUGACAUCACCAAGUGAACAGCCAAGAUCAUUUGUUGUUGUUCAGAACCGUUUCAACCCACAACAGAAGUAUCCGUUUCAACUCACAACAAAAGUUUGUCUUGUGACUCUUAGAUGAUGCAACAUUGCCCGAGCUGAAUCAUCAUCAACAAUGCAGCAGCAAUUCAACCAAAGACAAUACUUUGGCUUCACCACAUAGCUAUGAUUCACCGCCAAGCUUCUUCUAAUACAGCAGCAGCAAUUUCAAAGUAUGGAAAGAAACUAAGGAAGCGUCAUCUGACCGUUAAAGGUCCCAGAGUUUUCUUCUAUGUCGAUGAUACGACGUGUAAAAAUGGUUUAUUAACACUUCCUAAUGAAAAAGGAUCUUCUUUUUUCACUUUGUGUCGAGCUCAACUCGAAAGUAUCGAAGAAUUGAAAAACGAAAAGUGUUCUAUUCUUCUCAAUCGUGUAAUUUCAAUUUUCAUAGAGACUCUCCCUUUAUACAAUGCCCCCACUUUGUUGUAUUGUAUAUAUAUAUCACGCGCCUUCUCGUUCAUGUGGCGCGUGUCGUGUGAGAGAGCUUCAGUUUCAUCGUUAUUCAACAACAUUAAGCUAAGUAAUUAAUUAAAUUUCAGAUUGAUUUUGCCAACAAUUAAAGCUAUAUCUAUCGCUAAGAACCCCUGAAUUUAUAAAUGAAUCACCUUUGUUUCUCUGUCUCCACUUUCGUCGGUUACUCAAUUCUCUCUUCAGGCCACUUCCGAAUCUCCACAAGUCGUCUCUCCGUUUAAAUAAUAAGUUUCUUCUUCAGAAGAUUUCAUUCUCUCGCUCCCUAAAUUUUAAGGCUUUUGUUCCUGUUAAUCUGCGAGAAGGAUCUUGAAACCCUUGUCCUGGACUGCUUCCGCCUUGAUUUCUUCAGCAGUAUCUGUCUUUGUCCAAGGACUUGUCUUUGUUAUGUUUUUUUAAGGAUGCAAGACUUAAACUUUAAGCAUUGUUUGCUUCUUGAACUCGAUUUUAGUCAUCAGAUCUGACUCAGCUUAGGACUAAACAAGCUUUUUUUCGCUUUGCCAUGCCAAAAGCAAUAAACAGUAAAAACCCUUUUCUUUUUGUUCGGUUGGUGCAUUGGUUGUUGGUGUUCUUAUCAGCUUUCUUCUUCAAUUAAUUAGCUAUUGGUGGGGGAGUUUGUCAUUUUCGUUGAAAUACUCUGCCGCAAAACCUCUAUUGGGUCGUUUCCUGAAAUUCUGGCAAAGCUUCUGUUUUUCUUUUGGGGAUGAAGAAAGUGUAUAGGAAGCUGAUUUGGAUCAGAGACCCUUUAGCGAGAAUGAAGAGACACGUUAGUUCACAUUCAGGGUUUAGGGUUUUCAGAGACAGGAAAUGGAUGUUCCCGUUUCUGGCAAGCUUGGUCUUGUCGGUUACUCUCUUAAUGUCUCUCAUUUAUGCCGGAUUCGACGGUUCUCUUGUGGAAGAACCAUUGCCGUUAGAUAAUCUCUCAGAGGAAACAACAACUGAUUACUUUGUAGAGUCACAUCUGAGAAAGUCUCUGACCUCCAAGCGGAACACGAGUUCUUCAGAGGUUCCUAGGUUAGCUUAUCUGAUCUCGGGGACGAAAGGCGAUAGUCAUAGGAUGAUGAGGACUUUGCAAGCUGUGUAUCAUCCAAGAAAUCAGUAUAUCUUGCAUUUAGACCUUGAAGCUCCUCCUAAGGAGAGGCUGGAGCUUGCAAUGUCUGUGAAGAGUGAUCCUACUUUCCGUGAAGUGGAGAACGUACGUGUUAUGUCUCAGUCGAAUCUUGUCACCUAUAAAGGCCCUACUAUGAUCGCUUGUACGCUUCAGGCCGUUGCGAUUCUGCUUAGAGAGAGCUUGGAUUGGGAUUGGUUCCUCAACCUUAGUGCCUCGGAUUAUCCUCUCGUGACACAAGAUGAUUUGUUGUAUGUCUUCUCGAAUUUGUCUCGGAAUGUUAAUUUCAUUGAACAUAUGAAGCUCACCGGGUGGAAACUGAACCAGAGGGCUAAAUCAAUCAUUGUUGAUCCUGGUUUGUACUUAUCUAAGAAAACCGAAAUUGCUUGGACUACACAGCACAGAUCUAUUCCCACAUCUUUCAAGCUGUUCACAGGUUCAGCUUGGGUUGUUCUGACUCGUUCUUUCCUUGAAUACUCAAUCUUGGGAUGGGAUAACUUCCCGAGGAGGAUUCUGAUGUACUACACAAACUUUGUGUCUUCCCCUGAAGGAUAUUUCCACACAGUGAUAUGCAACACGGAAGAGUUCAAGAGCACUGCGAUAGGGCAUGACCUGCACUACAUUGCGUGGGACUAUCCUCCAAAGCAACACCCUAACUCUCUAUCCAUGAAGGAUUUCGACAAGAUGGUCGAAAGCAAAGCCCCCUUCGCUCGAAAGUUCCACAAGAACGAUCCUGUGUUAGACAAGAUCGAUAAAGAGCUUUUAGGCCGCACUCACAGGUUCUCCUCAGGAGCUUGGUGCGCCGGGAGCUCGGAAAACGGCGCUGAUCCGUGCUCUGUUCGUGGCGAUGACUCUGUUUUGAAACCAGGGACUGGUGCUGAGAGGUUAAAGGAGCUUGUUCAGACACUUUUAUCUGAUGAUUUCAGAAGUAAACAGUGUUCAUGAAGAGGUAAUGAUUAUAAAUACUCAAAAAAAUUGUACAUUGUUUGUGUUUUUGUACUCAAUAGAUUUGUAGGUUUUCGAUAUACAGUUAUACAACAAAAAAAACGAUCAUUGUCACCCAAAUUUUUCUAUAUAAAGCAAUUACAGUGGCAAGAACAGUAGAAAGCUUGUUCCAAUGCAAGAAGUUGAAAGAGCUCUAACAAAAAAAGAGAUUGAAGAAAACAAAAGAGUUGCUUUUCAGAAUCAAGGUUUAAGUAUGGAUGUAUAGAGGAUCGGGAAAAGAAUCACAAUGACAAGAACAAUAGCGAGUAUAAUGGCGAUACAACUCCAUUUCCUCGAGUUCCUCUGAAGUACUUUAGCUCCCUGCAACUGAUCAGACCCUCUCAUGACGAAAGAGCUUGCCUUUGAGACAUUUGAUUCGAUGUCGUUGAGCAUAUUCCCUUGAGCUUCAACGAGAGCUGCCAUGUCGAGGAAAAUUUGGUGCAGCUCCAACAGACUCCGUUCUAUCUCUUUAACCGCGUCGUGUCGUUCUUGAAUCUCUGACAACGUGUCCAUGAUCUGUCCCCGACCUUGCUCUUGUAUCGCUUUCUGGAGAAAACGUUCGCUCUCUCCGCUUGAUAUCAGCUUCUCUAUCGUCUCUUCAUCCGCUUUUUGCCCAGUUACAGAAAAUUACCGUCUCUCGACUGUUUCUUUAUACUCAGAAGCCAUUUUGGUUCGUAGUCUCUGAAAAUCAUCCAUCAUGUCUUUAAGUUUCUUCCCCAAUCCACUUACGACCGAUGUUCUGGUCCGAUCAGCAGAGGAGCCAGGACCACAACCAGAGACUUUCCUCUGAGCAGCGUUCGAUUUCUCCAAAGCCACGAGCUUCGUCUUUAUCAUCUUGACACGUUUCAAUACAUCUGAAACACUCGUAUCCAUGCGAGCACGAAGCUUUUUCACGGCCUUGGAGUCAUGUACGGUCUUGGACUCUUCAUUAGCUUCUUGUAGACGCUUAUGAAUCUCUUCGACAGCUUUCAUGUCUUCUUUAACACUCUCGACAUAUCCAAAGAACUCAUCGAGGUUUCCUGAGUCAAGAGAAGCGUUUUGAGAUUCGAUGUCAUCGAGUUGGACUUGCUGGUUUAGGUCUGUGUAUCUCUUGAAGGAACUUGAGAUUAGGUCGUUCAUGGCGUGACAAAUCGAGAAUUUAGAGAAAAUGGGCAAGUUUCUUUUUGAUCAAAAGGAUCAUUUAAUGGUGGUUAGAUGAUUGACAUGAUGCUACAGAGACCUUUAAGAGCUGUCUGAAAAUAGAAUGUGUAAAACUAAACAGACUUUGUA